AUGAUUCGCGUUUGGGAGCGGAUGAAACGCAUCAUCCCCAGCAACCCCUCCUCUGCUGCCGCCGCCUCUGCCUCCGAUGCCACUGCUGCUGCUAGUGGCGAUAGCAGCAGCAAUUUCUUUCCAGAGGCGUGUCAUCGCAGCCAUCUCAGCCAGUCUCUCUUGGCUGGGCUCAUUCCCGCUGAUCAGAGGGGUCCCUCUUGGAUUGCCAUGGCAUGCUCCGACCCUGAGGACGAUCUGAUCAACCGCACCAGCUACACGCUUCUCAAGGAGCGAGCUGCCUCUGCCCCUCCCACUGCAGAGGUAUACCGAGACACUCUCUGUGUGGUGCUAGAGUGGAGGGAGAAGCAGGCACAAGCACUCCUCCUGAAGCAGGAGCAGCAGCAGCAACAGCAGCAGCAGGAGAAAUGGCAUGGUGACACUCUGCACCUGUCACUGCUGAACCUCAUCAAAGCUUACUCUGUGUGUGACCCGGAUACGUGGUACUGCAGUGGCAUGGGAUGGAUGGCGCUCACUCUGCUCUCCCUCAUGGUGGAGGAAGACGCCUUCCUCUCCCUCCUCUUCCUCAUGCACCGCUGUGGCCUGCGAGGCCUCUUUGCACCCAACAUGCACCAGCUCAACACGCGUCUCUCGCAGCUCUCCCAGUUCCUGGCAGAGACCACGCCUCGCCUGCACUCCUUCUUUGAGGACUUGCAGUUGAAACCAAGCAUGUAUGCAGCGGAUUGGCUUCUCUCACUCUUCGCCCGCCACAUGCCCCAGUACCUCGUGUAUCGCGUUUUUGACAUCGUGCUGGCUGAGAAGACCAUGUCAGUUGUGUUCAAGCUCGCGAUAGUGCUGCUGCAGGUCACCCGGCGUCAGCUAAUGCUGUGUCCCGAGUUUGACUACUGUCUGCACUUCCUUCACUCGGAGCUGCCUCUGGAGCUCAAUCUCCUCCCCGACAGGGAUGUAGAAGAGCUGGUGUCCAAGGCACUGAGGGUGCGCCUGCCGUUUGAGAGUGUGUUGCGGCUGGAGGCAGAGUACGACCAGCUAGCAGGGGAAGCGGCGGUGGCGGCUCAGGAGGUGCAGGCAGCAGCAGAGGCGAGUGAGGUGGCUGCAGAGUCGUGGGAACGCGACAGGCAGGAGCUGGAGGGGGAACUGCUGCACGCACUUGAGCUACUGGGUUCCUCCCAGACAUACCUCUCAGCACUCUUCUCUCACUUCAAGGCCGUGCAGGCCCACCCCAAAUCCUUCUCCCUCCCCGACCUCCCACCUCUUCCCGAACCUCCGACUCCUCCCGAACCUGCCCAGCCUCGGCCGCUGGUGGUUCGGAUCCCGGGCCUGGAGCCCGGGGCUGACAUCAGCACCAUGUCCACUGCCGCUUUGCUAAGCGCGGUGGCGACGCUUAGGAAGCAGAGGGCAGCAGCGGAGGCGGCACUUAUGGCAGCAGAGCAGCAGCUUAUGGAGUGUAUCAGGAGUGACAAUGCGGCGAUAGAUGCGUGCCUGAGGGGGCAGGCUAUGAGGGCGAGGAAGAGGCAGUUGACCGGGCGCAAGGGCAGUGGGUCUGGUGUGGGGUGCUGA